UGGGUCAAAUGACCCGACCCACUUGUCUGGCUUUCCCUCCCAAAACCUAACUAAUUAGGGUUUGCAAAUCAUCGCCCUUUUUUUUUACCCUCUCCUCCAUUAAACCUUCUCAAUCUCCUUUUCUCCAACUAACAAAAUGGGCAAAAAGAAACCCAAAGAUCUCGAAGCAGCCUCCGCUUCGCAAAGCGACACAGCUCCUCCUGCCUCCGACAUUUUCAAGAGCCUUUUCGGUGAUGUUGAGCAAAACGAAGCCGUUUCCUCCAUCUUCUCCGAUAGCAAUCCCUUCAAGAGAAAGUUCCAAGAGCUGGGUGCUGAAUUAGGUAAUGUCAAAUCCGGUGAAAACCCUAAAAUUAACGAUACUGAAAAUUCUAAUCUUGAUGUGUUGAAGAGAAACCGACUUGAAGAGAAGCAGCGGAAUCUUGAUCAAGUUUCAAUUGAAGAAGAAGCAAAAGACACUCCUUUGGUUGCGAGGAAAUGGAAAAAACUAAAAAUCCGAAACUCUGAUUUCGGUUCUGUAUCAGAAGAUGGAGAAGAAAACCCUAGCAUGGGUUCUGGUUCUAGCCCAGAGAACAAGAACCCUAGCUUGGUGGUUGAGCCAAAGGCAGAGCUAACCCAUAAUGAGAAAAGCAACAACAAGAGAAAGAAGAGAAAGAGAGAUGAGGUAGAGAGAGAAUACGAGGCCCAAAAGUAUGGUGUAAGGCCAGACGAUGAUGCAAAUGCGGUUGUUGUUGGAGAGAAGAGGAAAAAGGCGGAUAAUGAAGCUGAUUCGUUAGUUUCGAAGGAUGGAGAGGAGUUUGAUGAUGAGAGCAAGCUGUUGAGGACGGUGUUUGUGGGUAACUUGCCUCUGAAGAUUAAGAAGAAGGCUCUAAUGAAGGAGUUUGGCCAGUUUGGGGAGAUUGAUUCUGUGAGGAUACGUUCUGUACCCAUUGUAGAUACCAAGAUACCCAAAAAGGGGGCCGUUAUACUGAAGAAAAUCAAUGAUUCUGCUGACAGUGUUCAUGCUUACAUUGUUUUCAAAACAGAGCAAUCUGCAGAGGCAUCUCUGGCCCAUAAUAUGGCUUUGGUUGGAGGACAUCAUAUUCGUGUUGACAGGGCAUGCCCACCUCGUAAGAAAUUAAAGGUUGAGGAUACUCCACUUUAUGAUAACAAAAGGACACUUUUUGUGGGUAACCUCCCAUUUGAUGUGAAGGAUGAAGAAAUUUAUCAGCUCUUUUCUGAAAUCAAAGAUCUUGAGUCCAGCAUUGAAGCUGUUCGAGUUGUCAGGGAUCCUCAUAUUGGUCUGGGGAAGGGUAUUGCCUAUGUAUUGUUUAAAACGAAGGAAGCUGCAAAUUUGGCAUUGAAGAAAAGAAACUUAAAGAUUCGAAAUCGAGAAUUGAGGUUCGCACACGCCAGACAAGAUACUACACCAUCCAAGAGAAAGAAGUCACCCACAGCUGAUUCACCAGCCAAGAGAUUGGCAAUGAAUUCUAAGACUCCUGUCCGAAACACUGGAUCAAAUACAAAAGCUUCUUCUAUUUCCUACCAGGGAUUUCGGGCUACCAAAUCUGGUGGCCUUGAAAAGAAACUCAAGCAUCAAAAACGAAAUGGAGCAGUCAGAAUGAAAUCAAAGACUCAGCAAGGAGAAAAGCGCAAGGAAAAAAGACCAGCUGUUGCUGCAAGGAAGGCGAAAGAAAAAGUACGUAAAGAAGGUGGCCAUGCAAAACAAGCAGGUCAAAAGCGGAAGCUGGACAGUAGGACUCCAGAAAGUUUCAACGUCAAGAAGAAGGCCAAAAAAUUUAGGUAGUCACACAAAAUAAAUGCUUUUUAUGGUCAUCUAUAUCAGUGUAUUGAUUUGUUUAUUUUUUUGUGGCUACACUUCAUAUGAGAAUUAAAUAUUUAUAUUAUCUUUGUUCGUGCGUGCGUGUCAAAUAACUUGAUAUAUUUCUUUUUUCUUUUUAAAAGAUAUUAUGGUUGGGGUUUAAAGA